AUGAAGGGCCCCAUGAUUCCGUCCGCCGAGAUUUGGCCUGUUCUCUUUGAUCGGCCUUCGCUGCCAUCCCUACUGAUCAAGGUGCGUAAUGUAGUCCUCCAUAGCUCGGCUUUGAUUGACAAUACAGUCAUCUUUCGCUCGGCGACGACGAAUGCGGUACGGACAUACCACGAUAUCUUGCGCCAAGCAACAAGCUUUGGAAGCGCUCUGCAGUCGGAAUGGAAUUGGAAAAAGGGCGACGUGCUGCUAGUAAUGGCGCCUAACCAUGUUGACGUCCCUGCAACAAUAUGGGGCUGCCACUAUGCGGGCGGCGUUGUCUCUCCGGCUAAUCCAGGGCUCUCUGUGAGGGACCUUCGGCAGCAGCUGGAAGGGAGUCGAGCCUGCGGUCUCGUUGUACCUUCGCAAUGUUUGCCUGUUGCCCUUGAGGCUGCUCGGUCGGCCAACUUCCCAACUGAUCGCAUUCUGGUUCUGGAGUCUGAUUCUUCGGUGGAUACCUUGGGUGUAUCUUCUGUUCUACAGUUAGUCGUAUCAGCACAAGAGAAGCAGGCUCCUCUUCGUCCGCGGGUACCAUUGAGCCCAUCAGAAGAUACCGCCUAUCUUGUCUAUUCAUCUGGGACGACUGGUCGUCCCAAGGCGGUUAUGGUAUCUCACCGGAAUGUUGUUGCGGCGAUCGUGAUGCAGACAGCUGUGGAAGGCCCGCAUCUUGACUGGCGUGUUAGCCGAACAUUGGCUAUUCUCCCGAUAUAUCAUAUCUACGGUCUUGUUUGCCUGGUUCACCUGCCGAUGUAUCUCGGCACCACGACAUUCUUCAUGGACAAAUUCGAUGUUCAACUAUUCUGCCAGCACAUUCAGAGCCAUAAGAUCUCCCAUGCUUACGUCGCUCCGCCAGUCGUCCUCCAUCUCGCCAAAAGCCCAUUAGUACAGAACUACAAUUUAUCGUCCUUGAAGAUGCUGACUUCUGGCGGUGCCCCCCUUGGCUGCGAACCUCAUAAGGGAGUUGUUCAAGAAACGAGGGAUUCCAGUGCGUCAGGCAUAUGGAUUGUCGGAGACGACUGCCGUCUCCCAUAUCCAGGUAGGUUCUCCCCAAUUGAGCAGAUCCAGAGUAUAGCUGAUAGCCUUAAGCGCUGGGACGAUUGGCGUAGCGGAAUCGGGUCCAACGGCCCUCCUAUCCCCGGACUCGAGUCGAAGUUUGUCCGCUCUGAUGGUUCCACCGCUGCGAAAGGAGAAGAAGGGGAGUUGUGGAUCCGCAGCCCGACGGUGUUCAAUGGCUAUCGCGAUGAGCCAGAGAUGACUGCCGGCUGGGAUAUCGGAUACGAAGAUGAGCAUCGCAACAUGUUCAUCACCGAUCGGUCUAAGGAUCUAAUCAAGUUCAAAGGAUAUCAGGUCGCCCCGGCAGAAUUAGAAGACUUGAUUUUAGAGAGCGACGCAGUACGCGACGCGGCGGUUAUUGGAAUCAUGAAUGACGACCUAGCAAGCGAGGUACCACUCGCGUACAUCGUGCUGAAGGAGGGCAGAAGCGAGAAUGCCGCAAAGGCUCAAGAAGUGAUAGAUCAUGUGAAAAAGCGUGCAAUUCAUUACAAGCAUCUGCGGGGAGGAAUCAUCUUCACCAACGAGAUUCCCAAAGGCCCGUCGGGUAAGAUUUUGAAGCGAGUUUUGCGCGAGCGGGCCGUCGGAGUCGAUAAAGCGCGGCGGAUCGGAGCAGUGGAGUAUGGGAAAUAUCAAGAAGGGCGGACAGCCAAAUUAUAG